GUUAAGUGCCGUAAAGUGGGGUUGCCGCCGCUCUCGGGUGAGAAAACAAGAGUCUCUUCUUACUCAAAAAGAUGAAACCAACCGGGUUGCUUUCAAAAGACAACCAAAUGAGCACUGCAGACUAAUGAGUAGGAUCAAUAAGAACGUGAUUUUGGCGCUUUUAACUUUGACAAGUUCUGCAUUUCUGCUGUUUCAGUUGUACUACUAUAAGCACUAUUUAUCAGCAAAGAAUGGAGCUAGUUUAUCAAAACACAAAGGAAGCCGAGUUGGAUUUGAUGGCACACAGUGGCGUGCAGUUAAAAAAUUUAUUAUGCUAACGUCUAGUCAAAAUGUACCUGUGUUCCUUAUUGAUCCUUUGAUUCUGGAAUUGAUUGAUAAAAACUUUGAACAAGUCAAGAAUGUUUCUCAUGGCUCCACUUCACAAUGCAAGUUUUUCUGUGUUCCAAGAGACUUUACUGCAUUUGCACUACAGUAUCACCUAUGGAAGAAUGAGGAAGGCUGGUUUCGGAUAGCUGAAAAUAUGGGAUUUCAGUGUCUAAAGAUUGAGAGCAAAGACCCCCGGCUAGAUGGGAUAGACUCACUUUCUGGAACUGAAAUCCCUCUGCACUACAUCUGCAAAUUGGCCAGUCAUGCCAUCCACUUGGUGGUCUUUUAUGAGAGGAGUGGCAACUACCUCUGGCAUGGCCAUCUACGGCUCAAAGGACACAUUGACAAGAAGUUUGUUCCUUUUCGAAAGUUACAGUUUGGGCGUUAUCCUGGAGCUUUUGACAGGCCAGAGUUACAACAGAUUACUGUUGAUGGAUUAGAAGUUCUUAUUCCAAAAGACCCAAUGCACUUUCUAGAAGAAGUACCACACUCUAGGUUUAUUGAGUGUAGGUAUAAAGAAGCUCGAGCAUUCUUUCAGCAGUACCUUGAUGAUAACACUGUGGAAGCUAUGGCCUUUCGGAAGAGUGCAAAGGAAUUAUUGCAACUAGCAGCCAAAACAUUAAGGAAAUUGGGAGUUCGGUUCUGGCUAAGCAGUGGAACUUGUCUAGGGUGGUAUCGGCAGUGCAACAUUAUUUCUUAUAGUAAAGAUGUUGACCUGGGAAUUUUUAUAAAAGAUUACAAAUCUGAUAUUAUUUCAGCUUUUCAAGAUGCGGGACUCCCACUCAAACACAAAUUUGGGAAGGUAGAAGACAGCUUGGAACUAUCUUUCCAGGGAAAAGAUGAUGUAAAACUUGACAUUUUUUUCUUCUAUGAAGAGACUGACCAUAUGUGGAAUGGAGGCACUCAGGCCAAAACAGGAAAAAAGUUUAAAUAUCUGUUUCCCAAAUUUACACUGUGCUGGACUGAGUUUGUAGACAUGAAGGUUCAUGUGCCCUGUGAAACCAUCGAGUACAUUGAGGCCAACUAUGGUAAGACCUGGAAGAUUCCCGUGAAGACAUGGGACUGGAAGCGCUCUCCACCCAACGUUCGGCCCAAUGGAGUUUGGCCCAUUUCUGAGUGGGAUGAGGUCAUCCAGCUGUACUGAGACAGUAGGUUGAAGCGGUAGCAUUCCCCUCCUGCAAAAAAAGGGGGAGAUGACUGUUUAAAAAAGAUACUUGUCUCUGUCAAACAUAAGUAGAAGCCAAAGAAAAAGGAUGAGUUUGAAGAUAAUAGAGUCCUAACUCCUGAGCCAUCUGAUUUGAUUCUUUUGUUUUACGUGUAUCAAGGAGACUUCAUGGGCCAGAUACGUCGCUAGGUUACAGUGGAGAAGCAGAGAUGAGAGAGACACAUACCUGCCUUUUGUCCCCCUCCCUGUGGUUAACACACCAAUUUUCCUCUGAGGGAAACACCCUCACCCUUCGAAGAGCUAAUGUAGGGUAUGAUAUAUUCCGUAAGUGCUUUCAAAGUGUUAGAUAAUGUUUGGACUAGAAGAUGGACUUUUUGGGCUCAGCUGAGGAAGGAUGUACUAGUAAAAAGGAAUAACCCAUUUAAGCUUAUAUGUUGGUGCUAUUUUUAAGGUUGUGGAGGUCGAGUUAAUGUUCAAGUGAUCAGACUUCAGGGGACAGCAAAAGAGGAUGCUAGCAGGUUCAUUUUGUAGGCAUUCUAUUAUGGGAUUGACUUAGAGCACAGGGCAUCAUAAGAGAGAAAGGGAACUUAUUUCUGGUCCUGUCAAAUAUAUGUAAGUUUCCACACACCUGCUUUCAUAUUUGAAGUGAAAAGAAAGCCUAUGCUUGUGUGAUGCUUAAAUUUCUAGCCAUUGUGAGACUAUUUUCACUAACCUCUGAUAGACUUGUUGACAAAGCAUUCAAGUAAGACCAUGCUACAAAACAUGAUUUUGAAAGGGUUAUAAAUUCAUACAACUUAGUUUCCUUAUUUCUUUCUCAAUCAAUAGAUAAAAAUAUGAGCAAUUCAUAAACAUUUAAUACUUCUGCAUUUAUAAUACUUGUAUUCCCAAUUUCGAUGUUAACACUAAAAUAUCAGUACUAAUACCUCUGCUUUUUCUAAAUGCACUCCUUAGUGUAUUUACUCAUCACAGAUCCUUAUCUUUCAUUUAUGGCUUAAAAACCACUUUACAUGCUAUGUAAACCUACCUGUUGCCUCUUCUCUUCUAACACUACAUCAGGACUCCAAGAUGCAGGUAAGUGGCAAACCUGGCAGCUGUUCCCCAACUCAGAUCGUAGUGUUUUUAAAGUUUGUAUCCAUUCCUAGUUGUGCUGUCUGUUGAAUAUCGAUGGGGCAAGAACUCAGAUGUCCCUACUUUAUUAGUACCACUCAUUCUGAAACCCUCCAGUUUCCUUUUUCCCUUCAAGAUACAUCCCUGAGUGGGCUAGGAUGACUGUAUCUCCCUAUCUCUUCAUGAGUCAUUCUAACUAUCUGUUCUGAGUGACAGGUAGAGGGAGAUUAGGCUCUGUAAGCACUGCUCUCUUUUUCUUUGUCCAGGAAAGGAAGCUAAGUCUUAUAGUUUCUCUAGGCUGCUUAGGAAUACUUUCGAGACCAGAUUGGCACAAUUUCCUUAAAACUAGAGAAUAAUAGAAAUAUCAGAAAUGGAAAAGAGAAGGCCUGAGAGAAUGGACUGAUGGUUUUCCUAAAACAAACCUGGAGAACCUAAAGCCUACAACCACCGCUAGCAUCCCACUUAGGGAAAGUGGCAUGUUAACAUAAAAGGACCACAGACUUUUGAAUUGGGCCUGAGUUUGAAACCCAGCUUCAUUGCAUGGGAUUUAUAUUGGGGGACCUCUUAACCUCAAUUUCCACAUGAGUGAAUUGGGGAAAUUAUGGCUACUUCUAAGGGUUUUUUAGUUAGAAUUGAAUGAAAUAUUAAGUGCUCUCAGGCCUAGGAUUAGGUAAAUACUCAAAAAAUGUCCUGUUUCUUACUUCCAACUCCUUUUUAAAAUUAUUCUUCAAGUGGGACUUAAACUGUAGCAGGACAUAGUCAUUACUUAAAAGGAUGCAAGUCUGAAUUUGCUUAGGAAAAGAGUUUCAUUUAACAAAUCAUUAAAGGACACAUUGUACGGUUUAUGAUUUCAGAGACAAGACCAAGUCUCCUCCUUCUCUAAACAGAACUUGUAUUUUCAUUUUAUUGGUUAGCUCUUGUCUUCUAGGGUAUCCUGUGCUCUUCCACAUGCUACUUAGCUCCUGGGUCCCAAGCAGUUCGCUCUCUACCUCCCUAGAUUUGGUGCCUACUUUGCCCUGGACUUCUGUGUCAAUGUUCUAACUUUUCCUGGCGAUAAACUCUCUCUUCCUUGUUAGUAAAUCUCUGUCCAGCCAAAAUCAACUAUAAGCAUGAUUUGGAAAAGGUGAGAAUUUGGAAUACUUAGUUUCAUUUAAUCAUCUGUGCUGAUGAAUGCCUUUGUCAGUAUUAAGAAAGGAGAAUUGAAAAUACUCAUUUCUACCUUCUUCCCCAAAUUUAUGUUUCUGUCUCAACUACGUAAGAAUCAACAGAGAAUUGAUGCUCUUUUAAGCUGCUCCACUUCAUAUUGAAAUCCUAAUUAUAGUUUAUAAUUUCAAACAGACCAAUUCAGGGCCUAUGCUAGAGUAGGCAAGUAUAAAUGUUUCUAAUGAGAAAUCUCUGCUUCCAUAUUCCAGAACUUGUCCUAGAAUGCCUUCCUUGCCAUCCUCCAACCCAACCCAGUGCAGAUUAUGUAGGAACCCUUGAACCAGCUAUGCUGCUGUGUUCUUAUGAGCAGCUCUGACAGUGGGGUUAAAAGGCAAUUUGAGGAGAAUUAGAAGAACUAUAUUUUGCUCUGCAAAACCAUAACCUACUGUCUCAUGUACCAUUAGAAAAAAAAUUACAAGAUUUUGUUGCCUUCUGAUGACUCCUUUAGAGCAUGAGGACUAGUUCAUGUGUUUGUUAAAUGAAAAUCAUAUAUAGCUAUUUGUGUGUCCCACGUCAUAACCAGAAAAAACAUGUUCAUGAAUUUUCUAAACAAAGUGACAUUCUAAACAUGAGUAAGUUUCACUGUAUGCUUACCAGUUUACUAUUUGAUUUUGAUCUUCAGGUACAGAUAGUUUGUGGUACUACUGAAAAUACCUUUAUUAUUAUUAUUUUAAUCAGAAUUUGUAAU